ACAAUGAGCUCAACACAGAAGGACCAACAUGGAGCGAGAAGUCAGCGCUCUCAGGAGGCCGACAAACCUCACAGAAGAAAGAGAGAGAAAACAUACACCUGUGACGAGUGUGGGAAGGAUUUUACUGGGAAGGAUUCACUAAAGCGGCAUCAGGUCAUCCACACUGGAGAGAGACCGUUCAGCUGUGACUUGUGUGGAAAGACUUUCUCUUGGAAGGAUGCUCUAAAAAAACACCAACUCAUCCACAGUGGAGUUAAAGCGUACAGCUGUAAUCAGUGUGGCAGAGCUUUUACUCAAAGUAGCCAACUGCAGAAGCAUGUAGUUACCCACUCUGGAAUUAAGGCAUACAGCUGUGACAUUUGUGGAAAAACUUUCAGCCACAUAGAGAGCCGAAAUAAACACCUACGCAUUCACACCAGACAUGUUGUGUACUGCUGUGAUCAGUGUGAUAAACAGUUUAUAACAGGCACAGAUUUACAACAACAUAUGUUUACCCACACCGAGGAGAGACCUUAUAAAUGUGACCUGUGUGAGAAGACUUUUAAAUCUCCACGUAACCUGAGACGACACCAACAGAUCCACACCAGAAAGAGACUCUACAAGUGCAGUUACUGUGAGAAGCAGAGCGACACAGAUGGAUCCAGUUCUCAACCCUGUCAUCACUGUGGUGGUGGGAAAGACUUUCGUUGUGACCUCUGUGGCAAAACUUUCAAUUGGGAAAUCUCCCUAAAAAACCAUCAACGUAAACACACUGGAGACAAACUGAAAUACUGCAAAGAAUGUGGGAGAAGCUUCACCACACCAACUGAGUUAAAACGACAUGAACUGAUUCACAGUGGGGUUAAAAAGCACCUCUGUGAUCAGUGUGGGUCAUCCUUCACCACUGCAAGUCACUUUAAACGACACAAACGAGUCCACACAGGAGAGAAACCAUACAAGUGCAGACACUGUGACAAAAGCUUCUCACAUUCAAGUAAUCGUAACGAUCAUGAACGUACACACAUGGAAGGAAACUACAGCUGUGACCAGUGUGACAAGAGCUUCAGGAAUCUCAGUUCAUACUCCAAAAACAAACGAUCCCACGUUACUAAUAAACUGUUUCACUGGGGCACGGAUCGUGCAGAGCAUCACGCCAUCAGCUGGGAGUUAGGAGCCAAAUUGCAGUCUGGCAAAUUUUGGGGGAUGCUUUCUGAUGGAUCUGUGGACAUCACAAAAGUCGAGCAGGAAAUCAUUUACAUUGUGUCUGUGUCCAUCAACGGAGAGUUUACCUCUGACUCUCUUGGACUGAUUGAACUGGGUGCUGACCGCACCGCACAGGGAUGGACUUGUGAGACUUCCUGUGGACACAGACUUGUAUGA